AUGACGACGACGCAUCAGCAGAUCAGAGGCUGUGCUUUGGCAGCAGUGAGGUCAUCAACAAGAACAACAACAACAGCGUACGACUCGCACUCGUCUUGGAAAAAAAAUAACGACCAACUUCGUCGUCGUCCUACGAAACGGGAAUGUAGAACAGUAGUAAUAACGGCUUCAUCAUCAUCAUCAUCUUCAGCAGUAGCAGCAGCGGCUCGUGUGAAAGAAGUUGCGAUUUUAGGCUCGGGCGCAGCUGGAUUGACGGCGGCGUAUUUCGCCGCCGUCACGCAAAAGGAUGCAAAAACUGUCGUGAGAGUUACUGUGUACGAGAAGACGAAAGAGAGCGGGAAGAAAAUUUUAAUGUCCGGAGGAGCGCGAUGUAACGUGUUACCAGUGGAAGCGACCAUAGAUGAUUACGUCACGGACUCUAAUCCUCGCCUGGCGAAAGCUAUUUUACAAAGCUGGACGGUUCCAAAGUGUUUGAGUUGGCUUCGAGACGACGUGCGACUCGAGCUCGGCAUCGAACACACGACGAACAAAUAUUUUCCUCUUUCCAACUCUUCGAGAGAAGUGAGAGAUAAACUCGUCGAGGCGUGUAAACGAGAGGGGGUUACGUUCCAGUACGAAACAAACGUGAAGAAAAUCACAAAAAAUGAAGCGAACGAUACGUACGUCGUGAAUACCGAGGACGGAAAAGAUAUCGAAGCGGACGUCUUGGUGUUAUCGAUGGGCGGCUCUUCCUUCCCCGCAGUAGGGACAGACGGCACGGGAUACGUCAUCGCCGAAAGAGAUUUGAAAGUUGGCGUGAACAAACCGUAUCCAGCGUUAGUGCCGUUGGUAGGAGAGCAUCCAGGCGGCGAGUAUCUUCCAGGAGUAUCGCUCGAUUGUCAAGUAAAGAUAAAAAAAGUUGAAAAGAAGAAAGCGAAGCAAGCCGCGAGAAUGGGUUUCUUGUUUACGCAUAAAGGGUAUUCUGGUCCGUCGAUUUUAGAUUUAAGCCAUAACGUGGUUAAGAGUAUUGCAGAUGGCAGUAUCGAGAAUAAUUCAAGUAGAAAUAGCAAUAGUAGCAGCGUCAGCAGUAGUAGCAGUAGUAAACUGGUCGUGAACUGGAACCCGUCCUGCGAUUGGAACGAAGUUUUGAGCCCUGGAAAAAGCGGUUCGGACUUGGUCGUGAGACGCUUAAAGCCGCUCUUACCCACGCGUUUGUGCGAAGCGCUUUUGAAAGAAGCCGAAGUGGAUUUGACUACGAACGUCUCAAACUUACCGAAGAAGAAAAGGGUGCAUUUGAUCGAUAUUCUUUCGAAUUACGAAAUCAAAGCGACCGGUCACCAAGGCUACAGAAAAGCUGAAGUCACCGGCGGCGGCAUCGCGCUCGAAGGCAUCGAUACCAAAACCAUGGAGCUGAAAGAGAUGAAGAACAUUUACGUGUGCGGAGAGAUAUGCGAUAUAUUCGGAAGAAUCGGUGGGUUUAAUUUUCUCUGGGCGUGGACGAGUGGACGCUUAGCCGGCAUCAGUUGUUCGUCUGGUUGUAUAGAAUAG